GCCUAGGUCACAUUUCCCGGCCGGUGGCCGUAGACCGGUGGUAAUCGGUGGUAAUCGGUGAUGUGAGCGAUGCCUCAACAUCGGUUCUCAUCGGCAAAGCAGUCCUUAACACAUCUGUCACAGGAACAGGCAUCUCACGGAUGCCGUGCAUACCCCCGUCGACGAUCGUACGGCGAGGGACUCCAGAGGGAAAUUUUUUUGGCCGACAUGGCACUGGUUACCGGCCGGACAUCGUCCGGACAUCGUCCUGACAUCACACAGUCUUCACCGAUCAUCCUCAAAUUGUCGGUCAGUGACCGGCCGGUGAAUCGGACAUCGUACGAUUAUUGGCCGUUCAUCUUACAGACAUUGUAGGAACUCCGGGCGAUGAUCGACCGACGUUACUUGAACUCCCAAAGAUUCUUUCGGACAUGUAGUAUAAAAUGACCACACUACCUAGUAUGAUCAAUCAACCAAAAUGAUGUUGGCACCAAGACAUCUGAGAAUAGCCAUGCUGCAGCAACAACUCGCACAAGCCCGUCUUCAACAUGACAUUAUCUUGGCGGCGUUGUUAGAAGAAGCAGAACGAGAGCGACAAAGAGCCCCAAGACGAAGAAGAAGGUGGUGGGUUAGAGACUGGAUCUUGAGAAGAAGCCUGUUUGGGCAAUACGAAACUCUUAUGAGGGAGCUUGAGGCGGAGAAUUCCUUAGACUUCAAGUCUUUCCUCCGCAUGGAGCCGGAGAUGUUCUACGAACUUCUUGCUCGAGUUGGGCCGCGCAUCGCCAAGAAGACAACGUAAGUUUACCUGACAUUGUGGUAAAUUUAUUUUUAAUUUUGCAAACACAUACUUUCCAAAUCUAUUUUGCUCUGCAAGGUUUUAAUGGAAUGUUUUCUCUUUUGUGUGUUUCAGACAGAGGGCUCCCUUAGAACCUGGUCUGAAGUUGGCGAUUACGCUCCGCUUCCUGGCCACUGGCGCCAGUUACCAUGACCUGGUCUUUGCGUUUCGAGUCCCCCACAACACAAUCUCGCUGUUUGUACCGGAGGUCUGCAAUGUCAUCUUCGAAGAGUACCAAGCUGAGGUGUGGGAGACUCCAUCGACAGAAGACGCAUGGCGGGAAGUGGCACAACAGUUCAAGAACAAGUGGAACUUCCCACAUUGCUGCGGGGCCUUGGAUGGCAAGCACAUCGCCAUUCAGAAGCCAGCGAAGAGCGGCACGCUGUACUACAACUUCAAGGGGUUUUUCUCUAUGGUGAUACUUGCGCUCGUAGACGCUGACUACAAGUUCCUUUGGGUCGAUGUGGGAGCCAAUGGUGCAUCUUCAGACGCGGGCGUCUUCAACCGUUCGGGACUGGAACCUUCGCUACGCAUGGGUACUCUCGGUCUCCCCCCGCCGGACCCGCUGCCCAACGACGACCAAGACACUCCAUACUUCAUUGUUGGGGAUGACGCUUUCCCUCUCCGUACUUACCUGAUGAAGCCAUAUUCGCACCGCUACCUUACAAGGCAGGAGAGGAUCUGCAACUACAGGUUUUCCCGAGGCCGCCGCGUUGUAGAGAACGCGUUUGGGAUACUGGCCAAUCGAUUUAGAUGCCUGCUGACCACAAUGAGACUGAGGCCGGCGAACGUUAUGCGUGUUGCCAAGGCGUGUCUGACCCUCCACAACAUAAUGAGGAUACGCUACCCAAGGAUCCAGAAUGCUGACCUCGACCUCGAGGACGACGAGGGUCAACUCAUCCCAGGGGCUUGGAGAGACAACGCUGUCAUGCAAGAUGUACAAGCAGCAGGCCGCGGACCAAGGACCACUGCAGCUGGCAAGGAACAGAGAGCCUAUCUGAAGAAUUACUUUAAUAGUCCUGCAGGAAGUGUCCCAUGGCAGGAUUUUGCCAUAAACAAUUAACUAUAUAACAUACAUGCUCAUGAUAGACAAUUCACUAAUCCAUACUUUGCCUUCUCAGUAUAAAUAUGUAGUUUUUAAGACUUGAUGACGAUUUUUUACAUUGAAAUUAAAAAAAAGUUUUUGAUAAAUAUGAAACAUUUUGAUUGUAUUUUUUGUGUAGAAACAUUGAUUAAAUGUAAAGAUCUCAGAAAAAAAUAAUUUGGUCGACAUAACACAUGAACAAUCAAACUAGUCAAAAACAACAGAGAUUAUUAUUUAUGGUCUUUUAACAAGAAGAGUCAUUUUAAGGGUACUUACCAGAAACAAAAAAUGGAUGCACGGGUUGAUAUGUAUUUUUUGAUUGAUAUUGAUUUGAAAUGACAUAAAUGAUAAAUCCCUAAAGUAUUAAGAAAUCGUAGGUUUUCCUUGGUGCUUUGAUAUGAGAUUUGGUUUUGCCUUCUAUAUAAUUCCAUACAAAAUUUUGCACUUUUUUUUAACUUUAUGACAAAAUCUUUUAUAAUUCUCCCACUCUACUUAGAAAACAUUAUUCAAGUUACCAAUUCAAAUGUAAAUCUAUGAGAAAUAACGCCGAUU